AUGCGGUCCAAGGGCAAAGCCCGUGGGGAUGAUGGACCAGCUCCUCCUUUUGGUGAUUUGUUCAGUUAUCAAGAGAUCUUCUUGCGUAUCUUGUCGUUCCUAUCGCCUGAAGAUCUGGCUCACGUACAAGGAGUGAGCAAGUACUGGUCAAGGAUGACCUUGGAUCCUCAGCUAUGGAGAAGACUGUAUCUGUCGAGAUAUCCUCAUCCACAUCAUUCUCGUCUGAUCUACCGUGAUCAGAGUGGCUCGAGUCGUGGCUCAGCAGGGUUGCGGACGCUCCGACCGAUUUCUCGCCUGCCCUCUAGAGCUUUCCCGCCACCUUCGCCAUCUAGGACCCCGUCAAGAUCGUCAAUAGUGUCGUCACCAGAUAUCAAGAUACCGAAGAACCUCGUUUCACCCGUCAAAGCUCCUGAGUCUUUGGGUCUCAUAGACGAGAUCGGCUGGGGAAUACGAAACGAUGGACUGGAUUGGAAGAUGAUGCUCCGUCUGGAAACAAACUGGUCCAAUGGAAAUGCAUUGUCAGAAACUACACUAUCCCUCCCGCCGUCUCCAGCUCCAACCAUUUCAUCGGAGGUCUCACGUCCUUCGGAUCCCUCCUCUUCCAUUGUUUCGAGCGAGCAACAUAUAGCUUUGUCUCCAUCGUUCAUUUUUACGUCAAGUCCGCAAUCGCCAUUAGUACAGGUCCACCUCGCAUCGAAUAGCGCAUCGAAUCCUCCGACCCCGCCGACAGCGCCUGACCAGCGAUCCGUACCCCUCGGCAUCAUACCACCGCCACCGGGAUGGUCAUCACCUCACAGACCCGAUAACAUCACAUGUAUUUGCUCCGACCAAUCUGUCUCGCUACCUGACGAACCAUCAACGAAUCAUAAUGCUGCAAUUAACAAUAUGAAGCCAGGACUACCAACACGACUGGCCAUCUUUUAUCAAAGUGGAGGUUUCGUCGUUCUACAUGUCCAACUAAUUGCCUCCCGCCUGAUCUGGAAACGAGAAUCCAUCAGUCCUCCAACCGUUCGUCCGCGAUCGCUUAGGCGACGCACAACAUUCGUGCAGGAUUCCGGGGAUCCGAUUGUGCUCGCAGCGAUGCACUACCCUGUCGUCGUCUCGUGCUCUCUAUCUUUUCACUUGUCGAUAUACACAAUCCCUCCGACCAAUUUCGAUAAUCCGAAUCGACCACGGCAUCUAUCGACCAUGCACUCCGACGUGUCUUUCCACCCUGCCGCUUUGUCCCUUUUUCCUAUCGACUCAGAGACCCCCUUGGGGUUAGAACCGCAAGCAGCGGAUGCACCCCAUCGGUUCCGCGCGGGGCUCACAUACUGCUCUCCGCUCUAUCCCUCGUCGUGGACUAUCGCGGUACAAGAGUUUGCAAUUGAUCUCGAUGGAGACUUCGUCGGCGGGUCUGCCGAGCGAGGUGAUUGCUUCACUGUCGUAACCCCUGACGAUGAAUUGUCUGACGAGAUCGUCUGGCCUAGACGUAUCAAGCCAGUCAUCGGUGUCAAAGGGCGUCGAGCUGUUGGAGUGGGAACGGACGGCAGGUGGUGCGUCCUCGCUGGGGAUGACAACCAGAUACAAGUUUAUUCACUGCCCUCUUCGUCUCCAAUGCUUCUCGACAGGUCGACUCAUGGAAUACUUCACUCGCAGACUCUUUUGGCCCACUCUUCCUCUGUGACCUCCAUAGCUCUUCUAUCCGGUCGCUGUGUCUCGGGUGGGAAAGACGGCCGUGUCCUCGUCUGGGAGCUCAACGAUGAUCCCGAAAUUAUCAACAAGCGGCCUCGUACGAUAGGAUACGUUGAGGUCAAGCCUGGUGGAAGGAAAUGGAAGGGCCCUUCGGGGCCACUCCCUCGACAGUCUAUACUAGCUGACUCGAACCAAGAGCCAUUACCUCCAGAGGGCUACGAGCUGCCUCACCCAGCGUCUAUAUCUUCCGCUGCGAGGUCAUUCUUCCUUCCUCGGCCACCCGAGGAUCUUCGACCGAAAGAUGAUCGACCUCCUCCAAUACAGCACUUGGCAUUUGAUGAGGAGAAGAUCGUAGGAAUUGUGAGGUCUAGAUCAGAUUCGAGUGGGAGAUUAGAGGAAACGAUGAAGAUCUGGAGCUUCAACGUGUAG